AUGCACCUCUCACCCGGCGCCAUCGCCAUCGCCAUCGCCACCACGUCCCUCUUGCUCACCCACGCCGACGCCGCCGCCGUUCCGGCAACUCGGGACGCCCGCGCAACCUGCGGCGGCGGCGACUUGGACCUGUCCAAGUGGAAGCUGCAGCUUCCCACGGGCACCAGGGGCCACCCGACGGAAAUCUCGUCCUCGAACCUCUGCAGCGGCUACUCCAGCGAAUUCUUCUACAUGAGGGGCGACGCCCUCGUCAUGGAGGUGCCCGGCGGCCCAUCGUCCGGCAAAUGCGUCACCACGCCCAACAGCCAGCACUGCCGUACCGAGCUGCGCGAGACCAGGCCGGCCUCGUGGGACCCCAGGGCCAAGACGAACCGUCUGGUUGCCGACCUCAGGGUCACUCGGAACGACGGCGAGAUCUGCAUCGGCCAGAUCCACAUUGACGAUUCCGUCUCGUCCAAGCCCGUCGCGGAGCUGUACUACAACUCCGCCGGCGACCUGGCCGUGGGCGUCAACACGUGCCGGACCUGCGGGCAGAAGCGUACCCCCGUCGACCACGUGCCCAGGGGUCGGCGGUUCACGUACGAGCUCCGCUACGAGGGCAACAGGCUCUCCGUCGGCAUCGACGGCAGGGCCUUCAAGACGCUGAGCACGUACGACUUGGAUGCUCCCAGGAGCUACUUCAAGGCCGGCAACUACAACCAGGGGGAUGUUCCCACGUCGGUUCAGUUCUACAGGAUCCAGACAAGUCAUUCCUGA